UGGAGAGAAAAAGAGCGUGGGCUGCAUCCAUCACAGACCACACCACAACACACACACUACCACACAUCCCACCUCCCACGUCGUCUUCAACCCCCCCCCCCUCCUAUCAUCAUGGCUGACCACGGCAAGGCCCCAAAGGAGGGCGUCGUCUUCGGCGUCUCCGGUCCCGUCGUCAUCGCUGAGAAGAUGAGCGGUGCCGCCAUGUACGAGCUGGUGCGCGUCGGUCGCAACAAGCUUGUCGGUGAGAUUAUCCGUCUCGAGCAGGACCAGGCCACCAUUCAGGUGUACGAGGAAACAUCUGGCGUGACUGUCGGCGAUCCCGUGUACCGUACUUGCAAGCCCCUUUCCGUCGAGCUUGGCCCCGGCAUCCUCGGCGGUAUCUUCGAUGGUAUCCAGCGUCCUCUUGACGAGAUUACGCGCCAGACGGAGAGCAUCUACAUCCCGCGCGGUGUCACCGUCAACUCCCUCGACCGCGAAAAGAAGUGGCCCUUCACCCCUUCCCCAGAUGUCAAGGUUGGCGACAUGGUCUCCGGCGGCGACAUUUACGGCACCGUCGAGGAGAACAGUCUCAUCAAGGAGCACCGCAUCAUGGUCCGCCCCAAGGCUCACGGCAAGGUGACGUGGAUUGCCCCCGCCGGCGAGUACACCAUCGUCGACACCGUCCUCAAGACCGAGUUCAACGGCAAGGAAACCUCCCACACCAUGCUUCAGAUUUGGCCUGUGCGCCAGAUGCGCCCGACGACGGAGAAGAUGGCUGCCAACCACCCGCUCCUCACGGGCCAGCGCGUCCUCGAUGCCCUCUUCCCCUGCGUCCAGGGCGGUACCACCGCCAUCCCAGGCGCCUUUGGCUGCGGCAAGACCGUCAUUUCCCAGUCCCUGUCCAAGUUCUCCAACUCGGACAUUAUCAUCUACGUCGGUUGCGGCGAGCGCGGUAACGAGAUGUCCGAAGUCUUGGCCGAGUUCCCAGAGCUCGAGCUUGAGAUUGACGGCCGCAAGGAGAGCAUUAUGAAGCGCACUGCACUCGUUGCCAACACAUCCAACAUGCCUGUCGCUGCCCGUGAGGCCUCCAUCUACACGGGCAUCACCCUCUCCGAGUACUUCCGUGACCAGGGCUACAACGUUUCCAUGAUGGCCGACUCCACCUCCCGCUGGGCCGAGGCCCUUCGUGAGAUCUCCGGCCGUCUUGCCGAGAUGCCUGCCGACAGCGGCUACCCGGCCUACCUCGGUGCCCGCCUCGCCUCCUUCUACGAGCGCGCCGGCCGCGUGGUCUGCCGCGGCUCCCCGCAGCGCGAGGGCUCCGUCACCAUUGUCGGCGCCGUGUCCCCGCCCGGUGGUGAUUUCGCUGAUCCCGUCACAUCCGCCACCCUCGGUAUCGUCCAGGUGUUCUGGGGCCUUGACAAGAAGCUCGCCCAGCGCAAGCACUUCCCAUCCGUCAACUGGCUCAUCUCAUACAGCAAAUACAUGCGUGCGUUGGAUGGCUACUAUGAGAAGAACUUCCCCGAGUUCCCUGCCCUCCGUACUGCCGCCCGCGAGAUUCUCCAGGAAGAGGAGGACCUCAGCGAGAUUGUGCAACUUGUGGGUAAGGGUUCCCUCGCCGAGCGCGACAAGAUCACGCUCGAGGUUGCCAAGCUCAUCAAGGACGAUUUCCUCCAGCAGAACGGUUUCUCGCCCUACGAUCGCUACUGCCCCUUCUGGAAGACUGUUGCCAUGCUCCGCAACAUGAUCAGCUUCUACAACCAGGCGCGCGAGGUGUGUGAGGCGACGGCCAACAGCGACAAGAAGGUGACGCUUGCCGUCAUCAAGGAGCAGAUGAACGACAUCAUCUACGAAAUCAGCUCAAUGAAGUUCCAGAACACGUGGGAGAAGCCCCAGGAGGAAGUGAUGGCCGUGUACGACGACCUGCAGACGCGGAUGACAGAGGCCUUCCGCAACCUCAUGGACUAGAUGCACACAGCUUACCCCCAGGCAACCCCUCAAAAACACACAUGAAUACCAUGCUCCUCAACACCGCUCCCUCCCUCAUCGCCACCCUACGCCUUAUUGUUGUUGUUUGUCAGUUGUAUUGUCCUGUUCUCUCUCUCUCUCUCCCUCGGCUGCUGCUCUCCUUUCGCGUUGACUUUUUCGGUGCAAAGAGUGUGUUAUGUGUAUCAUCGACUCUGAAACGCUCCCAGCAUCAAAACUUCCUCCACAUCAUCACAUCAAACAAACACCACAACUACCAACACAUUCCAGCAAACAACAACUUGGGAUUCGUUCAUUCGUGUGUCAAUCUCUCUAGUUGACCAACCAUUCAACACCAAUCAACUGACAUGACGCGGCAA